AUGCCUAAUAUUUACAAUGCUCUGGUGGUUAAGGGUCGAGAUACGCUUGGUCAAGAAAUUAAAUGGACUUGUGAAGUACAGCAAUUAUUAGGAAACAACCGAGUUAGAGCUGUAGCUAUGAGCGCGACCGAGGGAAUUAAAGUAGUAGAUCUUUUGGCCCUUAUCGUCGUGGGGGAAAAAUCGGACUUCGGUGGGCUGGGCGAACGAACUCGUGAAGGAAAUGAUCUUUACAUGGAAAUGAAAGAAUCUGGAGUCAUUAAUGAACUAAACCUUGCGGACUCCAAAGUAGCCCUAGUCUACGGUCAGAUGAAUGAACCGCCGGGAGCUCGUAUGAGAGUUGGUCUGACUGCCUUAACUAUGGCAGAAUAUUUCCGAGAUGUUAAUGAGCAAGAGUACUUCUAUUUAUCGACAAUAUCUUCCGUUUUGUACAAGCAGGAUCCGAGAAAGAAUUACUUCUACGAAAAAGGGUCCAUAACCUCUAUUCAAGCAGUUUAUGUACCUGCAGACGAUUUGACUGACCCUGCUCCUGCCACCACAUUUGCACAUUUAGAUGCGACUACCGUACUAUCAAGAGGAUUAGCUGCUAAAGGCCUUUUACUUAGGGGUAACAUCGAUGAAGCUACUGCGAAGGCUACGAACUUAGAAAUGGAGAGUAAAUUGAAGAAAUGA